AUGCGUGCGGCCGUCUACGUGCGGCGGACACUGUUGGUCUUGUGCUUUGCCGCGGCCACCUCAGCCCGAGGCGAGCAGACUGACAGGCCGCCCGACGAUGGCCUCAUCGCGCGGAGGAAGAUCGGGCCAGGGCGCGCCCAGUUCGUGCGCCACGGCGGCCUCGUCUGGACGGUGGCCAUACCCGCCGGGAAGACGGGGGAAGAGAGCGUGGCGGAGCAGACCAGGCUAGCGCUGGCGGACCUUGACCAGCGCCUCGCCGCCGCGGGCACCGACAAGACACGGGUGCUCGACGCCGUCGUCUUCCUCAGCGACGUGUCCACCGUUCCCGAGAUGGACGAGGUCUGGGUCGGCUGGUGCCCCGAGGGCUGCGAGCCCUCCCUCGACACCCCCCCCAUCCGUGCCUUCCGCGCGGCGGGCGCCGCGUUCCUCCCCCGGCCGCUGUCCCCUGGCUCUCGGUGGCUGCCCCUCCGCCGUUGUCCUUUCCCUGCCCCCUGCCUCGCUCGGCUCUUCGGGCCCCGUUUGGUCCCCCUCGUCGCCUGCGCGGCCGUGUAUCCGAGUGCUUGA